UGUGCCGACGUCAGCAUGUUGCGCCUUCUGGAGACCUUCCUCAAGAGCGCCCCGCAACUGGUGCUGCAGCUGAGCAUCAUGGUGCAACAGAAGCGGAUUGACCCCCUGCAAGGUUUCUCCGCUUCCGCCUCGCUGGUGUCUCUGGCGUGGACCUUGGCCUCUUACCAAAAGGUGCUCCGGGAUUCCCGGGAAGACAAGAUGCCCAUGUCCUACAAAGGAGCCAUGGUCCAGAUCCUGUGGCACCUCUUCACCAUUGCCGCCCGAGCCAUCGCCUUCGCCCUCUUUGCCUCCGUUUUUCAGCUCUACUUCGGCAUCUUCAUUGUCACCCACUGGUGCAUCAUGACCUUCUGGAUCAUCCAAGGCGAGACGGAUUUCUGCAUGUCCAAGUGGGAGGAGAUCAUCUACAACAUGGUGGUGGGCAUCAUCUACAUCUUCUGCUGGUUCAACGUCAAAGAAGGCCGCAGCCGGUGCCGCAUGUCCAUCUACUACAUCAUAACCCUGCUGGAGAACGCCGCGCUGACGGGCCUCUGGUACUGGUUCCGCGAACAGUACCUGAUCUCCGAAUUCUACGCCUUGAUCAUCGUCUGCGUGGUGGCCUCCAGCUUCGCUUUGGGAGUCUUCUUCAUGUUCAUCUACUACUGCCUCUUGCAUCCCAGUGGAACCAUUUUCGGGGCCCAGAACACUGGCUGCCUCUGUGGGGAAGAGUCCACUGCCAUACCCCGGGCUAUGGGGCCUCCACCAGAUGUGAUCACCAGUCCGCCACGCUCCUUGCCAAGGACUACAGAACGAGAGGGGAUACCAGGGGACAGAGACAGCUGCGGGCCAGUCUUUCAGGUCAGGCCCAGCAUGCCUUCCACCCCCAUAGCCCGGGCCCCACGGACAGAGGGGCCUGUUAUUCGCAUUGAUUUGCCACGGAAGAAGUACCCCGCCUGGGACGCCCAUUUCAUUGACAGGCGUCUCCGUAAGACCAUUCUAGCUCUUGAGUACACCUCUCCGGCCACGCCACGCCUACAGUAUCGCAGCAUGGGGGCGUCGCAGGAGCUAUUGGAAUAUGAGACCACUGUGUAA